AUGGAAAAGUAUAAUUUAUCAUUCAUCGAAUUGGAUGAAAAUCAAAAUCACGAAGAUUUUGUCAUUGUUUGGCUUUCAUUGGAUGAUGUUCCAAAUUCAACAACAAAUUUUAAAAACUAUUUAAAGAAAUAUGAUUCACGUGAAGCUUGUAUGAGUUACAUAAGAAAUUUCAGAAGUGAACGUAAAAUUUUUCUCGUCUUAUUUAUGGACGUCGAGUAUUUAUCGGUUUUUGAAGAAUUAUUGCAAAUUCAAUCAAUUUAUAUUUUAAAGCAACACGAUGAAAAUUUGCAAUUCAAUAAACAAGAUCAUCUAAAGUUAGUUGGUCCAUUCGAAAAUAUAGAUGAAUUAAUCAAUCGAUUACGUAAAGAUAUAUUAUUAACUUAUACAAGUGACAUAGCAAUAAAUACAUCUUCUCUAAAUGAAAACAAGAUUGAACAAUCGUUAACAAAUUUACAUUGCAAUACUUUAACAAUAUUAUGGUAUCAUUAUUUUAUUUGUUAUUUAAUAAAAUAUCCAAAUUCUGAUAUGGAAAAAUUGAAACAGCUUAUGAUAAAACAAUGUCGAUUGGAAUAUGAAAAUAAUAAAAGCGAAUUAAUCAAAAUCAAUGAUUUUGAUAGACAAUGUUCUAAUAAAAAUAUUUUAAAUUGGUAUACAAAAGAUUCAUUUGUAUAUCGACUUUUAAAUAAAGCAUUUCGUACAAGGAAUAUGAAUUUUAUUUGUCAAUUUCAAUAUUUUUUCAUUGGUUUAUAUCAGAAAUUUCAAGAAUUAUCAGAAGUACAAGAAGUAAUAUAUCCUUUGACUGUUUAUCGAGGACAGAAUCUUAAUAUAAAUGAUCUUAAACGGUUACAAUCAAGUGGUGAACGUCUUAUUUCAAUAAAUACAUUUUUGUCAACAUCACGUAGCGAAGAAGUUGCUCGUUCAUUUAUUUUUGAUGCUCCACUAAGUGUUUUAUUUAAAAUUAAUAUUAAAAAUAUAACUAACAAUAGAUUUCGACCAUUUAUCGAUAUUUCUCGUUAUAGCUCUAUGCCAUACGAACAAGAAAUUUUAUUCUUUGCUGGAACUAUUUUUUCUGUUGAUUCUAUUCAACAUGGAUUAUUGAACUUACUUUAA